CAUGUGUCACUUCCAGUAUGCUGCCGCCGCCGCUGCGUGACGACUGCCCCGGGAUUCUUCUAGCUUCUGCGGUCGGCGGGAAGUGAGGUGCGGAACGUCUGGAAGCACAGCCCCGCUGGUCCUGAGGGGGAUGCGGGCCGCGUCGUGAAGGACAGGUUGUUGCGAGAAGUGGUUUCGGAAGUGGAGCGUGGCAGAGACGAGGAGGAAGAGAGAAGAGCGGGGGGGUGGGGGGCGAUACCAGAUAGCUUGCUUCGCUCGCCACGACGGGACUGACGGGAGAACAUGGCGGAGCAUCAUCACCCGGUUUCCGACAGCGGCAAACACAAAUCCUCGCUGAACUCCGGCGCGGCGUCGUACUCCGGGAACGGGCGCAGCAGCGUGGCGGUGUUGGCGGAGAGAGGGAGCAGCAGCGCCGGCGGAGACGCAGCAGCAGGAGGAGGUCUGUCCGGCGGCCUGUCGCAGCCGGCCGGCUGGCAGUCCCUCCUGUCGUUCACCAUCCUGUUCCUGGCCUGGCUCGCCGGCUUCAGCUCCAGACUCUUCGCUGUCAUCCGCUUCGAGAGCAUCAUUCACGAGUUCGACCCCUGGUUCAACUACCGGUCGACUCACCACCUCACCACCAAUGGCUUUUAUGAGUUCCUCAACUGGUUCGACGAGAGGGCCUGGUAUCCUCUGGGGAGGAUCGUCGGGGGCACGGUGUACCCCGGCCUGAUGGUCACGGCGGGCCUCAUCCACUAUGUGCUCAACCUGCUGCACAUCACCGUCCACAUCCGGGACGUGUGCGUGUUCCUGGCGCCCGUGUUCAGCGGCCUCACCUCCAUCUCCACCUUCCUGCUGACGAGGGAGCUGUGGAACCAGGGGGCGGGGCUGCUGGCGGCCUGCUUCAUCGCCAUCGUCCCCGGCUACAUCUCGCGCUCCGUGGCCGGCUCCUUCGACAACGAGGGCAUCGCCAUUUUCGCCCUGCAGUUCACCUACUACCUCUGGGUGAAGUCGGUGAAAACGGGAUCGGUCUUCUGGGCUAUUGGAUGCUGCCUGUCUUAUUUCUACAUGGUUUCAGCCUGGGGAGGCUACGUGUUCAUCAUCAACCUCAUCCCUCUUCACGUGUUCGUCCUGCUGCUCAUGCAGCGCUUCAGUAAGAGAGUCUACAUAGCCUACAGCACCUUCUACAUCAUCGGCCUGGUCCUCUCCAUGCAGAUCCCCUUCGUGGGCUUUCAGCCCAUCAGGACCAGCGAGCACAUGGCCGCAGCAGGCGUGUUUGUUCUUCUUCAGGUCUACGCCUUCCUGCAGUACCUGAAGGACCGACUGACCAGGCAGGAGUUCCAGACUCUGUUCUUCCUCGGAGUCUCUCUGGCCGCCGGAGUGGUUUUCCUCUCGGUCAUCUAUCUGACGUACACAGGGUACAUUGCUCCGUGGAGUGGGCGCUUCUACUCCCUGUGGGACACUGGCUACGCCAAGAUCCACAUCCCCAUCAUAGCGUCGGUGUCUGAGCACCAGCCGACCACCUGGGUGUCCUUCUUCUUUGACCUCCACAUCCUGGUCUGCACCUUCCCAGCAGGCCUCUGGUUCUGCAUUAAGAACAUCAAUGACGAGCGUGUCUUCGUGGCCCUGUACGCCAUAAGCGCCGUGUACUUUGCCGGCGUGAUGGUGCGCCUGAUGCUGACCCUGACGCCGGUGGUGUGCAUGCUGUCGGCCGUGGCUUUCUCCAGCGUCUUCGAGCAUUACCUGGGUGACGACCUGAAGAGGCAGAGUCCGCCCGCGGAGGACAGCAGCGACGAGGACGACCGGAAAAACGCCAGCAACCUCUACGACAAGGCCGGUAAGGUGCGUAAACACGUGUCGGAGCAGGAGAAGGCCGAGGAGGGCCUGGGCCCCAACAUCAAGUCCAUCGUCACCAUGCUCAUGCUGAUGCUGCUCAUGAUGUUCGCCGUCCACUGCACCUGGGUCACCAGCAACGCCUACUCCAGCCCCAGCGUGGUGCUGGCGUCCUACAACCACGACGGCUCCCGUAACAUCCUGGACGACUUCAGGGAGGCCUACUAUUGGCUGAGGCAGAACACAGAUGAACACGCCCGAGUGAUGUCAUGGUGGGACUACGGCUACCAGAUCGCAGGGAUGGCAAACAGAACAACGCUGGUCGACAACAACACGUGGAACAACAGUCACAUAGCUCUGGUGGGUAAAGCCAUGUCGUCCAACGAGACGGCAGCCUACGAGAUCAUGAGGUCGCUGGACGUCGACUACGUCCUCAUCAUCUUCGGCGGAGUCAUCGGCUACUCGGGCGAUGACAUCAACAAGUUCCUGUGGAUGGUGCGCAUCGCGGAGGGGGAGCACCCCCGGGACAUCAGGGAGAGCGACUACUUCACCCCCCAGGGAGAGUUCCGAGUGGACAAAGCCGGAUCCCCGACGCUGCUCAACUGUCUCAUGUACAAAAUGUCUUACUACCGCUUCGGAGAGAUGCAGUUGGACUUCAGGACGCCGCCGGGCUUCGACCGGACGCGCAACGCCGAGAUCGGCAACAAGGACAUAAAGCUGAGGCACCUGGAGGAGGCGUUCACGUCGGAGCACUGGCUGGUCCGGAUCUACAAGGUGAAGAAGCUGGAGAACAGAGACCGGGUGGAGCACAAGCUGCGGAGCACCGACACCGUCAGGCAGAAGUACACCUCCAAAAAAACGGCCAAGAGGAAGCGUGGCCACAUCAAGAACAAGUUGUCCCUGAAGAAAGGAAAGAAAUUGAUUAAGAAAUCUUUAUAGGAGCUCAGAGACGAAAAAAGAUAAAAAAUUAAAAUAACAAAAAAAAGAGAGAGAGAGAAAAGAAACAGCAACAGUUAAAAAAAUCCACCUAACAAGACGAAUAAGGAACAAACACCAGAGGCUCUGCAGACGUCCGUCACCAUUGGAGGUCCGGGCAUCUAACCCCCGGGCUGAGCGGGUCGGACACGGGAGGCGUCAGAACUGUGACCCCCUUUGACUUUGGCUUUUCUUUUUGUACUUGAAUGUGCCGUGAAGUGAUGACAGGUGACAGAGGAGGAAGAGGAAGAGGAGAAGAGAUCAGAACACUGAGAUCAAAACAAAGCGCUGCGACCUUUGACCUGCUCAAGAAUCAGACGAAGGGUGAUUAUUAUCAUUUGUUUUAUUUUUUUUAAUGGAGGGCUGAAAUGGCUGCUUCCCCCUGUUAGGAGUUCAGACAUGUACCUGCCUACCACCACCCUGCUCCUUCAGUUCCAACUCACGACAUGAAUCUGUGCUCACACCGUUACUGUUUCAGUUCCUUACGCAUUACCAGCAGAAAUAUGCAUGUAUACACACACACACACACACACACACACCUCCGACCUCAAACCGCUGCACUGACGACGGGACAUUAUUUUUCGGAACCAGAUUUGACCAGAGGCGUCUUCGAGUGUAAUUCCCGUUUGGUUCGAGUUGGAUUAGAUUUUUUUUAGUUUUCUGUCUCUCUGCGAUAACGAGUUCUGUGGCGGCGUGAAAAAACUAAAAUUGAGACUUAGAGAAAAAAUUCAGAAUUUUAAGUUAAAAAAGUUGUAAUAUUAUGAGAAUAAAGUUGUAAUUUUAACACAAUAUUAUGACUUUAUUCUCAUAAUAUUAUAAAUUAAUUCUCAUAAAUGUAUGACUUGAUUCUCAAAGUCUCCAAUUUUUUCUCUCUCACUGUGGCCCCUCAUACUCCGUCACAAUUAUUGGCAGCUUUCUUUUUGUAGCUCUGUUAUUCAACCAGUGGCAAAUCAUUGUCAGUGGUUAAUUCUCUAAACCAACUUCCCUAUAACUGAACACAGUGAUUUUUAUCAUUAUUAUUCUAAUAAACAUAUCGAUCAUGCGUGAGCCUGAGUUUGAUUCUGAUGUGAGCUUCAGUCGGAGGAAUCACCAUGAACCAGAGACAAGUUCAGGCAUCAGAGAAGAAAUAGAAAAUAAAAGAUCAUUGUUUCCAGAGACACAUACACACACACACACACACACACACACACACACACACACACACACACACACACACACACAGUCGGUGAGUGACACAUGGACAGUUGGAGGCAGCGUCUGAUCACCAAGUGCAAAGAUCUUUUUUUUGUUUGGUUUUGGGUUUUUGAGGUUUCUUCCAUCAAUUGUAACAAUCUCGACGCAGGUAUGAGAAUGACAACAUGCCUUUUUGAAAUAAAGAGGUUGAAGUAA